AUGAGCGAUUACGACAAGGUUCGCGUGGCUUUCGAUGCCGAGAAGGACUUGAACUCCUACCAGGCCAAGCAGGGCCUUGGGAAGAAGAGUGACUCCACUCUGGAAUCCGGUGUGGACGAGAUGGUUCAGAGAAGGUUCGAGACUGGUAUUCGAACUGGCCGAGAAGCCAAUGCUACGGGUAGCAACCGUAAACCCAUUCCCGAAGAUGAGGGUGGCAGCCGUGAUGACCGCGGCAGACUUGCCCCCGCUGAAGCGUUCGAGGGCCCUGGCGGUCCUGAGGACAAGGUGAAGCUUGACUCGGAGCGUCGUCCUGGCGACCAAGACACUCUGGAUAUUCAGGAUCUGAAGCGUGCUGGCCUUGCUGAAUAAACGAUUUAAUGUUCCUAUACCUGUAAUGAAAAUAUCAUGAGGCAUGUGAAGAGUAUCAAUUUCUAGCCUCGGGAGUUAUCCCUAGUAGACCACUGCUAUUUGUACCACUUAU